AUGCAAAAUGACGGCACGGCGAGUGACAGGCAGGCGGGCGACCUGCGCCGGGGUAUCCGUGGUCACACUGUUGGGGGUUUUGUUUGCUUCUUCAAGCGGAAGCCCCCGGCCCAGAAUGGAAGCGUUCAGUUCCUGCCAUGGAAAGAACUGAAAGGAGGAGUCUGUCCAAAGAUUGGGGACUGCAAGUGCUGCAAGUUCUGGCGCAAUUGGAUCGAGAAGAGACUGGACGGGGAGUGGCCGCCACAGCAGUGCAGCAGGGCGGCAGGGCGGCAGGGCCAGCAGCACAUUGAACAACGGAGGCAGAUCCGGACCACGAUUCGCUUGGCCAACCUCUGUCUCGGCUCCUUUCGAAUACCUGCAUGCCAUCCAUCUCACCGCAUUGGUUGCCAGCCAGCCUUCCACACCCUCAUCGCACUAUUCCAGACGACAUCCACAAUCCUCACUGGGCGCCGCAUCGAAGUCUUGUUGGAACCGAGAGCCAAUGUCGACGUCUUCUGCAAGCCAUCGUAUUCACGUGCUGCCUUGCUCUCCCCAUUGGGACGAGUGUUUGUUCUCCUCUGCCUGCCGCUCACCAGCUUCUCGAUCGGUUAUUAUGCUGUCUUUGCCUCUCGUCUGUAUGCCCAAUACCCCUCACUUUGGUUUCGUCGCGAGCGGUCAGUCUCGUUAUACGACCCUGGACGAAACAUCCUUCCCAUGACCUCUCUCUACCUACAGCCCAUAUACAACAUCUACGACGACAUCUCCUCGCAAACUGCGAGGCCGUUGGCUGUCAUGUCUGACCAGGUCAAGCCCCAGCCGUUGCGGCCUCUACUCCCGGCACCAAAAGCCUUGCAGCCUGCUCCUCCUCCUCCUCUUCCUCCAGCACGCUUCCUUCCAGCUCAAUCAUCAGUCAAGAAGCGUCUACCGAGUACCAAGGUUGCUUGUAACGCUUGUCGGUCCAAGAAAAAAGCAUGUGACGGUAAACGCCCUUCGUGCAAGGCGUGUACAGAGCUGAAGACACAAUGUGUCUAUAUCAGUGCUAAUGAGACGGAGACAGCCGCUAUGGCUUUAAAGAGGGAAAAUCAAAUGCUUCGAGAAAUGUUGAGCCAGCUCACGGCAAUGCCGGAUGAUGUUGCCCACCAGACAUUGAAGAAGCUCAAGUUCGCCGUCGACCCUUACGCUGCUCUUCGCGCCAUAAGACCGUCGGGGCCAAGAGAUGCCCGGGAGAUCCUACCUCAUAUCUCGUCCAAUGUCGAGUUUGAACUCACGCGACGCCAUCCCAUCUUGUAUCCCCAGACUCGGAGAUUAGGUCGUCUCGAGAUGCCCGAGGAUGUCGACUCUAGGCCUUCCAAACUCGCUCGGGUUGAGGACGCAUCCGAAGAGGGUUCAAUUCUCGAGGACCGUCGAGCACCAGAAUACCCUACUGUGGCUGAAGUCCUGGAAGAUGAUCCCUCUACAGCCUCUCCUAGGCCUUCUCGAGCAUUCAACUCGGCCUUCUUUGUUCCACUAAUGGGCCCUAUUCCUCCGCCGACACCGCGCAUUCGCAACGAGCCUCGCCUGAAAGAUUUGAACAUCGCCUUCUGGACCGUAGUACCCAUCAGUAAUCAGGACGCAGCAGAAGUCAUCUCCCUAUAUCUUGAAACAGAUCAUCCGAUAUUGGGCUUGUUCGAUGCUGAUCUGUUCCUGGAUGACUUGGUCUCCGGUGAAGUUCGGUACUGCUCUUCACUGCUCGUCAAUGCUCUGCUUGCUUUCGCUUGUCAAGCGUAUGCGGCAAAGCAACCUGAAGCGUCUCGAUGGAGUCAAGAGCUGGAAGACGAGUCAAAUAAGCUCUGGCAUGCGCAAAACGAUGAUACCCUGCCUACCAUUGCAGCUUUGACCUUCUUGAUUCAGUCCAGCGGCUGCAAUGGCAAUGGUGAACUCAAUGUCAAGUUCGUCAAAGAUACAAUAGCUAUGGCGAAACGUCUGAGACUCUUUGGGUGUCCCGAUGCAUAUACCUUUGUAGACCUAAAUCGUCUCUCGGAACCACAGGCGAGGGCAACAGCUCAAGUUGCCUGGGGAGUUUUCAACACUCUGAGUAUGAUAGCCCAGUUCUGUUUACCAGCGACUACUGAGUACCCCCCGACUCUUCCCAUUCCAGGCAAAGCUAGGCUAGGGAACUCAACACCCGGAUCUGAGCACGAGCGUAACAGCAGCGCGAAUAGUACAGCGCCCUCGUCAGACUCGGAUGCUCGCUCCCAGUCUCGAAAUCGCACCAAGAGACGGCGAUCUCCUGCCAUAUCAGACACUUUCGCCGCCUUUUGCGAAUUAUGGGUCAUUUCCUCUCAAAUCACUUGGGUUUAUCAGCACGAUACUAGUCCAGGUCAUUCAUCCCAGGCUUUUGCACUGGAGAAGUACAGCAAACUACUGUCUUGGGCAGAUAAUUUGUCUGAAAGUAUGGAACGUGACGAGCACAGCCCAUCUCAUGUGCUUACCUGCCACAUGUGGUUCCACGGGACUGUGCUCUACCUCUUCAGGCCGUUCAUCCCAAGCGACAAACAGCAUGGCUUCAAAUUAUGGUCACCGUCAGCCGACCAGAUACCUGCCUUUUUUGCGGCCUCCGUCGAGCAGCUCAAAGACCUCGUCGAAGUGUACGCGUUGUACCCGGAAUCGACGUACAGCAUCUUCGGGCACACUGCUCUCAUCCAUGUAGCCAACGCCGUAGCUAGCGACAUAACGAAUCCAGAGUGGCGACCCUACUUUCUCAGCUGCAUCCGCGCCUAUCAGGCCCUAUACAGCUCCUUUACCGUUGCCGAAGUGAUUGCCGGGGGUCUCCUUUCCAUGGUCGUCAGGAAAGGGGGCAUGGACAUGACGGAAGCUCUAGGGCUGCUGGAAGACCUCAGAGCUCGCAAGGGACCCAGGGCGGGCGGCCGGGCGACUGGCAUGUUUGUGACUGAUCUCGAUCUUGCCGUGACGGACCGCGAGGCGGCGAGGGUUGAUCGCUUGAUUGAGAACUUUGAAGAGAUGACCAUCUUGGAUGAGUUUACUCAAGCCAUCGAGACUCUAUAUCUUCCCCACGAUAUCAUGUUUCAGUGUCACUUUUGCUCGACAUUGUCACUUGCUAUGAAUACACUGGCUCAUUUUGAACAUGUUAGCCUAGGGAACUUGAGCACGGCAUCUACCGCGAUGACAAUCCAGAAUGAGCUUGAGGGUUCAGUUCAGCCCUGUACCUCGCAGCCCGCGGCGGGCAACCCGCCUAACCACGGUCCACAGCAGGCCUCCUUUGGUUUGGCCGCCGCCGUCGCGGUGCCAUCGCCGUCUACCCGCUUGCCUAGAAGUCUAGGUAGAGCGGUCACAGCCAUCGCCUUAACCAACGACGCUAACGACAACAGAAACCAAGAGCGAAUGGAUGGCCGCCGCAUCCGGACAGGUUGGGGUGCCAUUACCCAACCCAAGAUCACCCGUUUUGGGUCAAGUUGCUUCUCAGAUCAUCACCGUCGCCUAGCCUUCCCGCUCAUGGCGCCGCUAGCAUCGUCAGGAGAACCCGUCGCCGUUUCCGUGAAUGAUCGGAUCCUCGAUCCGGGGGCUGCCAUCUCUCGGGUGAGGCGAGGGCCUGGCCAUCUAGUGGCUGGAUGGGCAUCCCGGAUGGAAGGGAAAAAGAAGCACUUGCGCACGCACGAUCCCGUCUCACAUUCCGGUGCACCGUGGCAGGGGACAACCUCCAAAGCGACGUCGCCUUUGACUACGGCCCACGGGGUCAAGACAACCACUCGGACGAUUUUACUCUUGAUUGCAGCACUCCUGACAGAGCCGCAAGCCCAACCGCCAAGCCACACACGGACAAGCAGCAGCAGCGGAAUCAUGUCUUUCAGACGGGCACCUCUCGUGAGCCUUGCUCUCACGCUGUUGCCGUUGGUUGUGGCUGAUGACCACCCCUACGUCGCCGAUUCAGUAUGCGACUGCUACUUGACCAACACAUCAGAGAGCUACUUCAGCAACCACCUGUUCUUCGACUUCCGCAACCUCGGCCAAUACGCAGGGGUCCCAGAUGCCCUCACGGACUGGGAUGCGAGCGCCAACGCAAACACAACAUCUGACUACUUCAACACAGACGCAUGGAACGCGAUAUGGGGUAUCCAGAACUGGAACAACACGGAUCGCAAGGGCAAAGACGGCAACGACGCCACGGUGAACAUGGUCAACUCGCCCAACAACAUUUACAUUGAGAAGAACAACGACAAGGACGCCACCUCGGACACGUUCAUGAGCAUGCGCACCGUCCGCUUCGAAGACUUCCAGUCCUCGGCCGAGAUGGAGUCCGUCUCCAUGGGCUACCACUUCGUCUCGGUCCGCAUGCUCGCCCGCACCCUCGGCGACCCGGGCGCCUGCACCGCACUCUUCACCUACCGCGAGGCCGACAAGUACGCCAACGUGCAGGAGGCCGACAUUGAGGUGCUCACCAAGGACCCGGACGACCGCAUCCAGUACACCAACCAGCCGUCGUUCGACUCGAGCGGCAACACCAUCGACAAGUCGACGCAGAACGGCACCAUGCCCAAGGGCACUUCGUGGCGCGACUGGGCCGUCCACCGCCUGGACUGGGACGCAAAGGACAGCACCUGGCUCGUCGACGGGUCCGAGGUGUCGAGCAUCUCCUUUCAGGUGCCCCGCGACCCCAGCCGCGUCAUGCUCAACUCGUGGAGCGAUGGCGGGUCGUGGUCUGGCGUAAUGGAGGUCGGGCACUCGGCCGUCAUGCAGAUACAGUGGAUCGAGAUGGUUUUCAACUCCACGGAAUCGUCCUCGAAGCGUGACGUCCUCGAUAACAGCUUCCACCAAGCCGGUCUCGGUCCCAGAGGUCAGCUGGACCGCCGCCGCGGCGAGGGCAAGUGCCAGAUCGUGUGCAGCAUCGAUUCGUCCAACACGAUUGGCGCAGCGGUGAUGCUGCACAACGGUACGGCGCCCGGGCAGCUUCUGGGACAGUCGAGUGCCAUGGCUUUUUGGGUGCCAGUGGCCUUGAUGUCGGCCAUGUUUUACCAGUUCAACGGGGUUCAAAUAUGGGAUUUGUCUAUUCAGUAUCGUACAAUGAUAUACCUUUUCAAGCUUACUCGGUUUAUGAUCACUGCAAUAUCUGUGCCACAUAAAGUUGUAUUUGGGUACCAAAGUCAGCUACGAGCUUUAGGUUCGAGUGGUCGGAUCAAGCAUCCAGAGCUCGACCCCUCACCCAUGCGCCAUGCCAUGCCACCCAUGGGCAGCCAGAGGAUGCCACAUGCCUCGGUCCCAAUUGGAUGUGGGAUGGACCCUUGGCUUGCAGCUCAACCUCCCUCAACAAUCUUUCCCAGAAGCUUUGCAUCUGCAAAAAACACCCAUCUUGUCAUCAUCACCACCACCGGGUACCUGACACAACGAUCGAAGCUCUCCGCGCAUCGCACUCCCCGAAAUCUCCAAACGAAGCUCGAACCACCACCCCAAUCGCAAAGAACAAUGGCAGACACGGCAACAGCGGCUGCCAAGCCGCAGAGGCGGCAAUCCUCCCCCCUCAAGAACGGCUACCUCAUCGCCUACAACUUCGUCUCCGCCGUCGCCUGGGCCACCGUCCUCGGCCGCACCGUCGCGCUCUUUGCGCUCCGCGGGCCGCAUUUCGUUCACCUCGGCGUCGGCGACUGGACGCGGUGGACGCAGACUAUGGCUGCCAUGGAGGUUUUGCACGCAUUGCUCGGCGUCGUCCGCGCCCCCGUCUUCACGACCGUGAUGCAAGUCCUAUCCCGCUUCGUCCUCGUCUGGGGCGUCGUCUACCCCUUCCCCUACCUCGCCCGCAGCCCCUGGUACUCGUCCAUGCUGCUCGCCUGGAGCGUCACCGAGGUGAUCCGCUACUCGUAUUUCGCGCUCACCCUCAGCGGGUUCCAGCCCAAGUUCUUGACGUGGCUGCGCUAUAACACCUUCUUCGUGCUGUACCCUAUCGGUAUCACGAGCGAGUGCGUGCUGAUCUACUACGCUGCGACGCCGGCUAGGCAGUUUGGGGAGAUGGUGCCGUGGGUUUCGUAUGCUAUCCUUGCUGUUUAUGUUCCUGGAUCGUAUAUUCUGUACACGUAUAUGAUGAAGCAGAGAAGCAAGGUUAUGCGCAACUUGAAGGCCGAGGAGGCGGGCCGCUCCAAGACGCAGUAA